UUCAACUCUUCUUCAAUUUCAAAGAACGGAGCAAUAGUUCACAGAAAUGGAGAACACAGACCCGAGUAAUCACAACAAGACAAUUAUGACAAGUAGCAGCAGCCACAUAUCAAUAUCCGACACUGAGUCAACAACGAGUCAGGUGGACUCUUUCCACUCCCCACUCCGUUCUGAAUCACCCCUCCGCUCCGAUGAUCCAUAUUUUCAAACAGAAAAUGUCAAUGUCAAUGUCAAUUUUAUUAGCAAGAAUAACAAUACCUCUGAAGCUAUGGAUAAAUACUAUGCCGUUCCAUCGCCGCGAAAUCUUAAUUUAAUGGCGGUGUCUCCGGUUUCUGUGGGCAAGGAACGGAAGCCACGGCCCCAUUCUGAAAAACCCACGUCCGAGAAUCUUGAUUUUUCGUCUAUGCCUGUGGUUGGCGGUGGGAAGUUUCAGCCACCAUAUCUGCUGCAGUCCGAGAAUCUUGAUUUUGAUGCGAAGAGUGGGCUGGGGACAUCGCCGGUGCUUGUUUAUAACAGGUCGGUGAAGGAGGAGUCGGCGCCAGGUGUGACUAAGGUGGGGGCAGUUGGAGGUGAUAUUGGUGGCUUCGAGGAGGGUAAUGGCGGUCGUCCGGAGGAGGUGGACAGAGAGAGGCAGCCGAGGGCGGUGGGACCAACACGGAGGAGGUCGAGAAGGGAGAUGAAUUUGAAAAGGGCUGCUUUGGGGUUUAGAGCAUUUGAAGUGAUAGUGUGUUUGAUCUCGUUUUCAGUUAUGGCAGCUGAUAAAACUAAAGGGUGGAGUGGUGAUUCCUUUGAUCGCUACAAAGAAUUCAGGUAUUUGUUAUCCAUGAAUGUUAUUGCUUUUGUAUAUUCUGGAUUUCAAGCAUGUGAUCUGACCUACCAUUUGGUUACGGGAAAGAAUGUUAUCUCUCACCAGCAACGAUACCAUUUUGAUUUCUCUAUGGAUCAGGCAAGUGGUUUUUCUUUCUUUUUCGUUUCC